AAAGCGAGUAUCCCUCCCACCCCAGGCCGGUGUUCCUCUGCAUUCCGUGUCCUAGCCUCGAGUCCCUCUCGGCGCUCCCCAACCAGGCCCCCGCCCCGCCCCAGCCCGGCCCCGAAGUCAUGGAGCGCUGGCCUUGGCCGUCGGGCGGCGCCUGGCUGCUGGUGGCUGCCCGCGCGCUGCUGCAGCUGCUGCGCUCAGACCUGCGUCUGGGCCGCCCGUUGUUGGCGGCACUGGCCCUGCUGGCUGCUCUCGACUGGCUGUGCCAGCGCCUGCUGCCCCCGCCGGCGGCACUCGUGGUGCUGGCUGGUGCUGGCUGGAUCGCGUUGUCCCGCCUAGCGCGCCCUCCUCGCCUGCCGGUGGCCACUCGCGCGGUGCUCAUCACCGGUUGUGACACUGGUUUUGGCAAGGAGACAGCUAAGAAACUGGAUGCCAUGGGCUUCACGGUGCUGGCCACAGUGUUGGAUUUGAAUAGCCCUGGUGCCCUAGAACUGCGUGACCUCUGUUCUCCUCGCCUGAAGCUGCUGCAGAUGGAUCUGACCAAGGCAGAGGACAUCAGCCGUGUUCUGGAAAUCACCAAGGCCCACACGGCCAGCACUGGCCUGUGGGGUCUGGUUAACAACGCUGGCCUCAAUAUCGUAGUGGCUGACGUGGAACUGUCUCCAGUGGCGACUUUCCGCAAGUGCAUGGAGGUGAACUUCUUUGGUGCACUUGAGCUGACCAAGGGCCUCCUGCCACUCUUGCGUCACUCGAGGGGACGUAUUGUGACCGUUGGCAGCCCAGCAGGAGACAUGCCAUACCCCUGCUUGGCAGCCUACGGCACCUCCAAGGCAGCAAUAGCACUGCUUAUGGACACAUUCGGCUGUGAGCUGCUUCCCUGGGGUAUCAAGGUCAGCAUUAUCAAGCCUGGCUGCUUCAAGACAGAUGCAGUGACUAAUGUGAACCUCUGGGAGAAACGCAAGCAACUGCUGCUGGCCAACAUUCCUAGAGAGCUGCUCCAGGCCUAUGGUGAAGACUACAUUGAGCACGUGCACGGGCAGUUCCUGAAUUCACUCAGAAUGGCAUUGCCUGACCUUAGCCCAGUUGUAGAUGCCAUCAUCGAUGCAUUGCUGGCAGCUCAGCCACGAAGCCGCUACUACCCAGGCCGUGGCCUGGGGCUCAUGUAUUUCAUCCACCACUACCUGCCAGAGGGCCUGCGACGCUGCUUCCUACAGAACUUCUUUAUCAAUCACCUUCUGCCCCGAGCACUGAGGCCCGGCCAACAUGGCCCUGCUCCUGCUUAAGACACACCCUUCCCCAGUGGCAGCUCUGUGAGCCACAAACCUAGGUGUUUUAGCAGGAUGGGCUUCUUCAGCCCUUGGCCCUCUCCCCUGCCCAUUAUAGACACCCCCCCCCCCCAGCCUUACCCUAGAGUCUGUGUUAAGCCCAGCCCAGCCUCUAUUGCUGAUGCCUCGUCCAGCCCAGGACGUGGAAGUCUGCUAGUGAGCCUCUGGACCUCUCCUCUGCUUCUUGAGCCCACACAUACCCUACCAGGCACAAUGCUCUACACUGCAGCUUGGAAAACCCAGGUGGAUGGAGAGUUUAGUAUAAGAUUUUGGCUGUAGCCUUUGAUAGUACUCUACAGACCAUUUCUGUGCUAACUUUAGAAUGAUUAGGCAGGUGGGGACCUCCUCAGAAUUCUUUUGGGACCCACAGUCUCAGUGCUGCAAGUCCAGAGUAAAUCCCAACUGCCUCUUGACUGGCUCAAGAUUUAGGUCCUCAAUUACUGGCCCCCAGCCACAUGGAAGCUGUAUGUUGUACCUGCCUGGUUGUUGGCAUUUUAAAAUAAAGAUACAUUUUAUUUCUACUAGAA